AUGUUGGUUGGCGAUGACAUUGGCGAGAGCACGGAGGGGACAAAGGUUGAGGUUACUCUCGGGGACAUUGAUUUGGAUCAACCUACAGCUGUGUUAUCUCAGUUGAACGUUUGGUUGAAUGAUGAAGGUCAAGGUGUGGAACGAGGGGUCCAAUUACGGAAGAGGAAGAGGAUUAUUCCUAUGUGGAAGAUCGUUGAAGCUAGUGAAGUGGUUAAAAAAAAUUUGCCAAAGACAACCGGACUUCGGACGUUAGACCCAAUGAAGGCGAUUCCGCAUGAUGAUAUGGUGAAAUUGCUGAAACUUUGUUCGGAAUGGCGCCAUAACCCAAAUUUGGUGAUGCAAUUUGGCAACGUGGAAGCUGAGAUUGAAUUCUUCGCUUCCCUCGUCAAAGCUGACGGUUGGCUGAAAGGAGAUAAUCACAUCCAUACUUGCUUUGCGGAUAAUAAAAGGAAAAAAGAGCAAGUUGGGUGGAAAAUUAGAACCAGUUUAGUGAACGUUGUAAAUGGCAAGGUUCCGGCUUGUGGAUUGGAUUGGCAGAACACGUAUAAGGUGUAUGUACCUUGUAUGUUGCAAAAAUAUAAGCAUUGGGUGGCUCUAGAGAUUGAUCUGAUUCAGUGUGAAAUCAAAGUCUACGAUUCAAUGGUUUCACUCAUUCCAGAUCAUAGCUUAAAGGAAGAACUCGGCCCCCUGUCAAUUACGAUUCCAAAUCUUCUGCACACCCUCGACUUUUAUGAAGAAGGUGUUUACGCGAACGAGUGCACCCGAGAUUGGUGGUGUCCAUGGCCAAUACAUCGUGUGGAUGUUCCACAACAGGCUAAUCAAGGCGAUUGUGGUAUGUUCGUGUUGAAGUACAUUGAGCUGUUGAGUGCUGAGAUUUCCUUAGCUACUUGCACCUCAGAACAUGCCAUUUUUUCGGUUGAAGUUGGCUGCAGAAAUUGCACGGGGAGAUGCUUACAUGCCAUGAUAUCGGUUGAACUUGGUUUAGGCACAUGA